UAGUUGAGGGCCUUUCAAAAAAGUCCAGAAAGGGAGACCAGAGUUUAUAAAAUUUAUUUUUAGACCCUCGAACUGUAUAUCUAAUUUUUUCUACAUCCAUACAGGACAUUACAUCUUUUAGCCAUUGUGUGUGUGAAGGGGGAGAAGAGUCUUUCCAUUUCAGCAAAAUAGCUCGCCUGGCCAGCAGUAAUGAAAAGUUUAAUAUUCUGAGUCUGGAGUUGGACAGAUUCAAAUUCUGGACCGCACCAAACAUAGCACAGAGUGGCUCUGGUUCAAUUUGAUGCUGCACGACUUCAGACAUCGAAUGGAAAACAGAUUUCCAAAAGGUGGACAACGAAGGACAGGACCAGUACAUAUGAAACAAUGUACCAGGAGCACCCCCACACCUUAUACAGGCUGGGUCCACCCCUGGAUAUAUGUGUGCCAGCCUCUCCCUGGACCAAUGCCCCCGAUGAACUAUCUUAAAUUGGAUAAGUGUAUGUCGAGCACACAUUGAUAUAUUGUGAACCUGACCAAGGAUAGAGUCCCAGAGUUCAUCCGUAAUAUGAAAGGGGUGAUCUUUAUGACUGCAGAGAGACACCAUGUUCCCAGCCAAGCUAGCUUUGAGCACUCUGAAAAGGAUCCACCAUGGAGCUUGUUAUCGAUGUCUUUCUACCUGCUUCGUCCAGAAGGAAGGGAUAAAGGCUGGAGAUGGGCCCCACUCAGACUCCCGUGUGUGGAAGAGAAAGCCUAAGAACCAAUCUGCAAUCUGGUCAUCAAUAAGACUUCUUGAAACACAGCAAAAUGGGAGAAGACCAUUCAGUUUAUCAGCUGCUACUAUAGUAAAUUCAGCACCAGUACACAUCCAACCGUACCUCCGGCUGAUGAGGCUGGACAAACCUAUAGGGACAUGGCUGCUGUACCUCCCCUGCACAUGGAGCAUUGCUCUGGCUGCUAACCCUGGAUGCUUCCCAGAUCUGGGCAUGCUCACACUGUUUGGUACAGGCGCUCUUCUCAUGAGAGGGGCCGGCUGCACCAUCAAUGACAUGUGGGACAAAGACUUCGACAAAAAAGUGUCCCGCACAGCCUCUCGACCAAUCGCAUCAGGAGAGAUUUCUCGAAUGCAGGCGCUGGUCUUCCUGGGAGGGCAGCUCUCGCUUGCACUUGGGGUUCUUUUGUGUCUCAACUAUUACAGUAUAGCUCUGGGUGCUGCUUCUUUAUCUCUUGUUAUCACCUACCCGCUGAUGAAGAGGUUCACUUACUGGCCACAGUUUGUGUUGGGACUCACUUUCAACUGGGGCGCUCUGCUCGGUUGGUCCGCUAUUAAAGGCUCUUGUGAUUGGUCCGUGUGUCUCCCGCUAUACUUCUCAGGAGUGAUGUGGACGCUGGUGUAUGACACAAUAUACGCACAUCAGGAUAAGGAGGAUGACAUCAAAGUAGGAGUCAAAUCUACUGCACUGAGGUUCCAGGAGCAAACCAAACCCUGGCUGAGUGGCUUUGUUGUGGCCAUGAUGUCUGGACUAGUGAUAGCUGGGGUCAAUGCUGAACAGACUCUCCCUUACUAUGCUGUACUCACCGCUGUAGCAAUGCACCUGACAAACCAGAUUUACACAUUAGACAUCAACAAACCAGAAGACUGCUGGAAAAAGUUUGUUUCAAACAGAAACCUUGGACUGUUGUUGUUUUUAGGUAUUGUUGCCGGGAAUUUGUGGAAAGAAUAAAGACAGACUCUGAAGAAAUGAACAAGCCUUCAUAUAAUUAGAGACAAUGUUUUAUUACAUUUGUGUGUUUUGUUUUUUAUGAGAAGCACUCUUUUAACAACUUGUGUAUUUUCAAAAACGCCAGUAAAUCUAAAUUGAAAUUGUUGCAAUAAGUUUGACCACCAGGGAGCAGUAUGAUUAAUUUCCUACCUGAUGAAUGUACUGUACGCCAGUGGCCUCAUUACUUUGUUUUGGUCCAUAAAACACAAAAAUAUCUGGGUCUUUGCGCGACAUCCUUCAUGAGUCACUGGUUGACAUUGGUGCUCUUUGUUUUUAUGCUGGGCAGGCAGCAUUUACCCACUUUGCCUGUGCUUAUGUGUCAGAAACCACUUCCAGUUAUUAUUCAUAGGACUUUGGUGAGAGUCGGCAUGUAGAUCUGCAGACUUUACUGGUUCUUUUUAGUGCUUUUGCAACAUGAGACUGCUCUCACCCAUGAUGUUUCAGUACUCUAAAACUUUUAAACAAAUUUAAAAGAGAAUUCAUUUACAUCCAGUCCAGUGAAAAACUAAGUACAUCUUCCAAUAUAGAAGGUAUGUUUAGUUGCAAUAACUUAAUCAUUUUCUAUAUGAGUUUAUCAGUUCCUUACAUUGUUGGACUUUAACUGGUCAAUUGCAACACUUUGGCUAAAAAAAGAAACACAUCAUUCUGUAGAUUUGCAGGUGUGCUUGGGAUCAUUGUCCUGUUGUACGACUCACUUUUGGCAAAACUUCAGCUGUCACACAGAUGGCCUCACAUUUGACUCUAAAAUACUUCAGUAUACAGAAGAGUUGAAGGUCGACUCAGUGAAUGUAAGGUGUCCAGGUCCUCGGCAUCCUGUGUUUUGGUUUUUGCCAAACGUAAUUCUGUGCAUUAUGGCUAUGUUGGGUUUGUUUUUUUUUUUCUUGUGUGUCAUUCAGUUGAAACUUGGCAAACCUAAACUGCUGCUUUCUUUUUAGAAAGAAGAGAUUUUUCUCCUGGCAAACAAGCCACAACUGUUCAGUUGAAUUGUACUGCCAUGAGAGUCUGAGAUGUAGCCCAUAUUACAUCUGAAUGCUCCGACCCAGAAACCGCUGAAACAACCGCUUUCAUAGAGGUAAUCACAUUUGCUUUUGCUUUUGUUUUUUGAUUAACAGCAUGUGGCUGCUACUUACCCUCUUAAUUCAUAUAGAAGCGGUAGAGGUGUAAUUAGUGUUUUAUAAUUGCAUCUGAAACGUAGAAAUAGUGUUAUAAUCUAAGCCCAGUUAUAUGUUAUGUUCCUGAAGCCAAAGUCAACAUUCUUUUUACUUUA